AAUGAAAUGGUUAAAGAAUUUCGAACGCGUUCAAGAAAUACAGCAGCAAAUAAUUUGGCAACCUGUUUCGGAAUUGGAUCCCAGAGCUUUCAUCCCCGAGUUCCUUAAGGCAACUUUGCAUAGACAGCCGUGCGAAAGGUUACUAGCCAGCCCUAAAAGGCAAUUACUGCACGAAGGACCAUUAACGCUAUUAGAAAUUUCCAAGACUGUUGAAAUGUACAUGUUCCUCUUCGACGAUAUUCUGCUUUUAACUAGAGUAAAGAAGGCGCCGAGAAAACAUUAUAAAAACAGCCUACCUGAAAGCCACCUGUUAUGCGCUAAACCUCAUACAGAUGGCGCAAUAUUUGUUGUUCAUAAACAACCGAUAGCUUUGGAUCGGUUUACGUUACACGAUGUUCACCCACCGGAUACCCCAGGUCUUUGGGAAUUCUGGGAGUGUGGAGUUCACACAGUCUCGUCUUACGACGACCUCGAUUUGGCCUCGCAGGUGGCGGCUGAAGACGAUUGUGUAAGACAACCGAACUUAUUUUUCGGCUGUCUCUCCACAGCCAACGUGCUCAAGAACGCCUUCGUCAUUGUACAUAUAUCAAGAUUCCAACAAAUAAUCGGCGUCUAUACCCUCCAAGCCCCAAACGAAGCCGCCAAGGCUAUUUGGAUGACUCAUUUGAAAGAAUCGCAAGAAAAUUAUAAAGAGGCGUUACGGAAGCGACGUCCCGACGCAACUGCAGAUCUUAGCGAUUCUAGUGACGACGAAGGUGGUCUUGCUCAUAAAUCAACAAUUCCCGAAGAACCGAGGGAGAGUGAAAAGGAGGAGACGGAGGAAAAGAAAGAAUUAAAAGAGAAACCGCUAGUACCAAUUCCGGAACCUGAAAAGUCUAUAGAUGAAAAGCGAAACGCCGAAUCGUGCCAUUCAGCUAUUGAAAUUUCACACGGAAAUUUCUCACCAGCCGUUAUUGCCGGUUUAGAUUCUGUAAGGACUACUGAUUCUAUCAUGUCUUUACCGUCACAUCUUAGUCAGGAUAAAGUAUUGAAAAAUACAUUUGAAAUUCCCUUAUCAAAGCAGAUAGCCUCAAGAACAAUGAGUGCUCAACAAUUGCAAGGAAAUAGACUGGCAGUGAAUAGAACGAAGAGCGUAACGGGAGCAAAAUCGCCACCACUAUCGCCAAGGAGAAGAAGAGAAAGAAAGACUGGUCCAGGAACAUUACAAGCAUUACACGAGCGAUGUAAAUCAAUGGAUACAUUCUACUAA